AUGGAGAUUCUUCCACUAGUAUCAGAUACUGAGAUUGAUAACACUACUUUUUCUAUUCAAGACCUAACAGAUUUUGAUAAGAUUGAAGUGGAUGAAUUAAUUAUUAAUAUUGUGUUGGAUGAACAACGGGAAUUAGAAGAAGGUGAUGCAAGCAAUACUGAUGAAGAACCACCUGAAAUUCCUAUUAUAGAAGGCUUAAACGGGCUAAAAAAAUUCAUUA